AUGGAUCUCGACUCCUCUGGACCUAGGUUUUCUUGGCAUAGGAAACUCGGAGACAGGAUCACCCUUCGGAGAAAGUUAGACAGGGUCUUAUGGAAUAUGGAAGCUCAACUCUUGUUCCCUGAAGGGAAGGCUCAUAUCCUGCCUUGCACCCACUCCGAUCACCAUCCCAUUCAGUUCUCUAGUGCCGACAUUUCCCCACCUCUUAGAAAGGAUAGGCCUUUCAGAUUCGAGGAAGUGUGGCUGUUAAGGGAGGACUAUCGGGACAUUUGGCAUCAGGCCUGGAAUGCUCACCCGUGUGACAUUUUAGGCGCUAUUAAUCAAAUGGCUACUUUAUCCAAAGAUUGGAAUCACAAAACCUUUGGGAAUAUUUUCUACCGGAAAAAGACCAUUCAAGCCAGAAUUGUGGGGAUCCAAGCGUCUCCAAGAUUUGGCUCGGACAGGGGGUUAGUCAAGCUCGAGGUUGAUCUGGUCAAGGAGCUCAAUACCAUUCUCAAAGAAGAAGUCUUUUGGUUUCAAAAAUCUAGAAAAGAGUGGAUCCGAGAUGGCGACAAGAACACUAGUUUCUAUCAUCGGGCCACCCUUAUUAGACGUAUGCUUAAGAUUAAUGGUGAGUGGACUUCUAAUACCCAAAUUAUUAAAGACCACAUCGCUAAUUAUUUCGAAACGCUUUUUGGCAGGAAUCAAACGGUUAACUCUCUGGAUUCGCCGUUAGAGUCUGGCCGUUCCAUCAGCAAUAGACAGGCUUUGAGCCUUAUUAGACAGGCCCCCUUGAAGUCCGGAAAGCUGUUUUUGUUAUAA